AUGGACGCCGCUUCGAAGUUUAGAAGCCCGGUUCCUGCCGUCCUCCUACAGCCCUCUAAGUGGUUGCCGCUAUACGAAGACUUCUUGACAAAGAAUGCGAGCUCAGUAGGACAGGUUGAGUCUGCGCUGAGGUCGCUAACAUACAUCAUACCAGGACGCUAUCGCGAUUCAGAGAUACCUUCAGAAUGUGUCCACUCAGGAGUACAGCUACUGUCGUUAUAUCAUGAUCGUUUGAUAUCAAGGGUCAUAUCUAACCUACCGCCAACAAUUCGUCGACCAAACCCUACUCCGCACACGCGCUAUACUAAGUACUGGUCAUCACAAUCGCCUCUAUAUAAAAAAGUCGCUCUCACUCUCCAAACUAUUCAAUAUACGGAGCUAUUAUGGGAGAUGCUUGCACGACGCCGUGGCGAGAAGGUCCGUUGGCGUGUUGUCGUCUUUAUUGAGGUCGUCAAGGCGAUCUGUCGACUUUUCCUACUACGCCUUACGAACUCGCGCCCCCUUGUCAGCCCACCGCUACCUGAGCGUGAAAUAGAUCCCAGGUCAUUAGAAGAAGAUGACAGCGAUUGGAACGGAAUGGAGUCCCCGGUCAGCGAACGGCUCUCGGAUUUAAGUUGGAACAUGCCUCGUACUGGGCUUUCACUACCUUCUUUGCCCGACGUCAACGAUGUUUCGAAUUAUCUUAUAUCCAAGGUCUUGACGGCAGAUGACAUCAAACCCCCAAAAGCGCUUUUGCACAGAGUCACAGGUCAAGGUCAAUUAGCAGAAGUUCUUCACAUCAUUCGGCCGGUUAUCUAUGCACUUGCGCUCCAAAAAUGGGGUAGCGAUAAGCGAAGCUGGAGGCCCUGGUUGAUCGGCUUUGGGAUGGAAUACGGCUCACGGCAAUUAGCCAAGGCCGACUUUCGAGAGAGAGUCGCUGGUGGCCUCCGCGGACUGACCGGCCUCGAGAGAGAGGAGCUGAAGAAGAGAGGCUGGUCGAUGGGCUGGUGGUUGAUGCGGGGAGCCUUUUAUGAGAACAUCACGAGGUCUACAUUGAGAGGACUCACGGAUAAGAUGAGAGGAAAACCACUUCUUGAUCUCGUGGGAAGCAUCAUUGAGGAUUACGAAUACCUAUGGGAUAACUACUAUUUCCCGACUGCUACAUUAUAA